AAAAGGCGUUGAUUUCAGCGCGGAGGCAAUCUCUUUACUGACAUCGCCAUUGAACAAUCCAUAAAAGGAUUGCCAGCCAGCAGAAUUAUUGAUGAAAAGCUUGGAUGGUUUGAAGCAGAUCUCGAGAAGGUGAGUUCGGCCUAUCCGUACUCAGAAGCUGAUGUUGGGACACGUGGAUACGCUAAUCGUGCUGAUAGUGAUACUCUAUCCAUAUCCUCAAUGACAUUGUCGACCUCUAGUUACAUGACGCAAGACGACAAGGUGAAAGUAGCAUCGCGCCAGCGUCCCCGUGCUUGGUGGCAUCCCGGAACAGAUACCGAGAUCUGCGCUUCCACAACGAAAUUUUCAAACAACUAG